ACAGAUAAAAGAAAGCCCAUACGUGCAAGGAUAGCGGCCGGCACGCGUCUCAUUAUCUGUUUCUUAUUCAAAGAAUCUCUAGUCUUUUAGUUACAAACAACGUAGAGCAAAGCCAUUGGUCAGAAUCGUAUGGCAACCUCUUCUUCGCAGGGCAUCAGUAAACGGGACUUGAACCAACAGAGGAAGGCAGACAAGUCGCGCCCCACAGCAGCGGUUCCAGAGUGCCACCAGCCCGUGCUUGAGGGCGACCCUUGCUUUAGCAUUAACUACAGUGAACACCAGUACGCAAGGUUUGGGGUCCAGAACCCCUUCUUCCUUGGCCUAUUACGCUUCCGACCUCAGCAGCCGUACGACAAGUCCUCAUUCAAGCGCCAGAGAACAUCUUCAUGCAGCAGCACCACACCAGUUGACAUCAGCUAUGAGGACGCAGCAGCCACCUGUCGUACCCUAGUGUACAGCAGUACCCCAGGCACUGCCCCAUGCCCCUCAUCGGGUUUGGUACCGGUAGAGGCAUCACAGCAGGGAUGCAGCACUCGCCAGCGGCGUCCAUCAGCACGCGUGCGUGAGGCUGCUGAGGUUCAGCUGGGGGAAUCACCUCCCACACCAGCCCAGGAUCCUCCUGAGCUCAAGGACCAGUUGCUUCCUGUGUUGGCAAGGGCAACGGGCAGUAGCGGCCUUUGGGACACGGCUGUGGGUUGCCCAUGUGCGAGGUCCAUCAAGAUGCUAAGCAGCAUUGCCAAGGUUUGCCUAAAACCGGCGUUUCCCCACUCCUACAUCCCAACAUGGCAGCAAGAGCAGUGGCACAGAGCAGUGGACACACUGUACGACAGGGUCAAGCAUCGCAGGUCGCUCAACAAGGAGGACGUCGCAAGGGCUUGCCUGCUUCUUUACCCUCUGCAUGUGAAGGUUGGCAACACCUGGCGCAGCUUGUGUCUUACAGUGAAGCUGCAGCCUCGAACGGAUCCAGCUGACAAGCUCUUGCGGUCCUUGUUCUUCCAGCAGCAGCAGGGCGUGGACAGCUAUGUCUCCUGUGUGAUGGGCCAGGAGGGCAGGAAGCAGCAGCAGAUCGAUGCUUUGCACCGUGUGAUGGUUUGGGCGGUGCAUGGGCCCACGCCAGUCACUCUGCCAGGACAGCAGCCUUCAAAGCAGCAACAGCAGCAGCAGCAGCAGCAGGGACAAGAAGAACAGCAACCAACACAGCAACAGCAGCCAGCAGUCAUGCAUCUUUGCGACUGCCGUACAUGCAUCAACCCCUGCCACGUUUGGUGGGGCACAGGUUCCCUCAACAGGAAGGGUGACUCCAAGGCCUACAAGACGGUAGUUGAGGAGACCAGAUCACGCACCGCUCAGCAGCAGUUCCUCCCUGACGGCACCCCCGUGGAAUUCCCGUGAUGGUCCGCGUACGGCGUGGAGCAACGAGCAGCAGGGCGGACAGCACCCCUCUGAGUCCGGGGAUUUACCGUAGCCAGUCGCGGUCUUGGCGGUGUGGGGCAAGGGGGCCAGGGGGUGACCCACGGGUCGCUUUACGUACGACAGGUGUGGUAACACAGAGCUGCAUGUGGUAGGCGUUAGUUGAGUUGUGCACGUGGCAAUACUGCUACACGGACAGCGCUGUCCUAGAUAGAUCGAGAACUGCUGCAUGUUACUGCUUGGGGGAAUCAUCACGGAUAGAUACAUAGUUUGUCUUCUGGCUGUACGAUACCUGCAUGGGGGAGUACUUGCCUGGCAACACGCCCCUGCUGAUGGGCAGCAGCGGUGCCGCCGUGGCUCGGUCGGUACCGGUAGUUGGCAUCGCAGACAGAGCAGCGGCGUUCUUGGGAGAGACGAUCGUAUUAUUAUUGUUGUAACGUGCUCAUUGGUAGCGUCUCUGCCUGCUGCAAUGAGCAUGAGGAGCGGCGGCCGUAAGCGCUAGGCGCUCAAAAGCAGC